GGUUUGCGGGCCGCGCCGCUGCCGCCUAGCGGGUUUAGCUAAGCAGCGGCCCAGGCGGCGUCCCUGGUACGGGUGAGCGAUGCCUUGAACAGGAAACUAUGUGAAGCAAAACUUUCUGAAUUCUGAAAGCCAUCAUUUCACCAUGGGACAGCAAAUUUCGGAUCAGACGCAGUUGGUUAUUAACAAGUUACCAGAAAAAGUAGCAAAACACGUCACCUUGGUUCGGGAAAGUGGCUCCUUAACUUAUGAAGAAUUUCUUGGGAGAGUAGCUGAACUCAAUGAUGUAACUGCUAAGGUAGCUGCUGGCCAGGAAAAGCAUCUUCUCUUUGAGGUACAACCUGGGUCCGAUUCCUCUGCCUUUUGGAAAGUGGUCGUACGGGUGGUCUGUACCAAGAUUAACAAAAGCAGUGGCAUUGUGGAAGCAUCGCGGAUCAUGAAUUUAUACCAGUUUAUUCAGCUAUAUAAAGACAUCACAAGUCAAGCUGCUGGAGUAUUGGCUCAGAGCUCUACCUCUGCAGAGCCUGAUGGAAGCCCAUCCUCUGAAACAGCCUGUCAGGCGAGUCUGUGGAUGGGCAGGGUGAAGCAGCUGACUGAUGAGGAGGAGUGCUGUAUCUGCAUGGACGGGCGAGCUGACCUCAUCCUGCCCUGCGCUCACAGCUUCUGUCAGAAGUGUAUUGAUAAAUGGAGUGAUCGCCACAGGAACUGCCCCAUUUGUCGCCUACAGAUGACUGGAGCAAAUGAGUCGUGGGUGGUGUCAGAUGCGCCCACCGAAGAUGACAUGGCUAACUAUAUCCUCAACAUGGCUGAUGAGGCAGGCCAGCCCCACAGGCCGUGACUCGGGGAAGACUGACUGUUGUCAAAUACACUGUUGUCAUAGAGGAGGAGGGGGGACGGUGGGGCACACACAGAAAUAUCAGUUUUCCCACCUUCUUAUUUUUGCUAUUCUGAUAAUAUGUCCCGUUCUUAAAUAAACUCCCAUGUCUUCCAUGUAUGGUGGGCUACAGUUGGCUGCUGUCCAGCCGUGCUUCCCAAGGUCCACCUACUCCACGUUGCUCUUGAGCCCUUGCUACAGAUAGCAGCAAUACUUGACACCACUGCUUUUCAGGGAGGGGGACUAUUCUGGCAUCUUUUUAAUAGGUUUAAAUUUUAGUGUGUUGAGAGUUGUAGCCAUCUGAGAUAAAUGACUGAAACUAAUGUCUCAGCUGGAACCUGAGGUGUGUGUGCUCUGCCCCCUUGUGGUUCAUUCUGGAUCCUUCAGUACUGUCACCCAGUUGCUUCCUGGUUUUAUAUGUCACUUGUGGCCUUGGGUUCUGGAACUACUUUUUAUGUUGCCAUGAUGCAGCAAUGGAUUAGGACUGUCUGGUUGGGACUUUUGUCUCAAAAAUAGACUGUGCUGGAGGAAUCUUCAUGGCUCUUUUAGAAAUGCAUCUUUUCCUGGAUAGGUGUCCAUUGGAUUUUUUCAUAAAGGCCAUGUAGCUUGAAUUUUCAGAAGGAAUUUUUUCUUUAUAAAAACACAUUUUAUAUUUCCAGGUUACACUGAGUCAUCUGGUCCUGAGAUAGACUGCAUUUAUUUUAGGUAAAGACAUCUUCUGAGGCUUCAGUUUCCUCAAAUUUCUCAGAUUAAAACAAGAGGAAAACCUCUUCACCAUGCAGUUGUCAAACCCUAAAAUCCAGACCUCGAUUGGCUUUCUUCCCAUUUGCAUUAUUCAGGUGUCUAGAGAGAGGGCACUGACGGGAGUGCCACCCUGUGGGCUCGGCAGUGGCUUAGGGAAGAAGAAUGAGAAUGCCAACAGUUUAGCCUGUAAAAAAGCCAGUGCGGAGAGAAGUCCCCUUGGAGAAGUUUUAGCAAUCUCACUGAUUUUUGGCAAGCUGCAGAUGCUCCUGUUUUCCUAAGUACAGACAUACACAAUUGAAGUUACUGCUUAUUGAGUUUUGAUUCAGAUUUUAAUGAACAUUCAAAUAAAUCCCUUUCAAAAAACAGGUCUGACUUGACUCUGCCCCCAAAUACUGAAGAUGUCAAUAGUCCACUCACCGUAAUGACAGGACAGUGACAUACCAAAUGGCUAAGCAGUCCUGCUGGGCAUGUGGGCAAGCCCAGUGCUGUUGUCUAUCUUACCUUAGCUGUGAUGGCUCAGGACCUUGAGAAAGUCUUAAUCUGUUGUAGGUUCCUGUUGAGAAACUGAGAUUGUGUUUGUGGUUUUCAAAUAUUAGCAUUUCAAGUAAAUGUUGAGAGCCUGUUCGCACUGAGUGCAUAUACACAGGCUACCCAUUAUAGAGGAGCUGCAUUUUAUUAAUACAGGUUUCCUUAUAUAAACUUUACACAGUGUGGUCGCUUUUAAGUCAGUAUAUGAAAAUGUGAAAAUGCAUUGGUGAUACAGUUUCACUAGAAUUUGUUCACGAAAAACUUCUGUUUUGAUAAAAUAAUAAUUGAGGAUGAGAGUGCAGCUCAGUUGGUAGAGUGCUUGCCUCUGAACCUGGGUUCCAUCCAGCACUGCAUAAAACAGUGCGGCUGCAGCACCCCACAACCCCACCACUCGAGGAGGUGGGAAGACCAGAAGUUACAGGUCAUCCUCCACCACAUAGUGAGUUCAAGGAUAACCUGGGCUGUGAGACACUGUUUCAAAAAAAAUUGGAGUGGUCAGGCUAAAGAGAGAACUCGGUGGUGAGGAGCACCUGCUGUUCUGUAGAAAGCCAGAGCUUAAUGCCCAGCACCCACAGUGUUGGCUCACACCACCUGUGGCUCCAGCUCCAAGGGAUCCAGCACCCUCUUCUGACCUUCCAGGGUGCCCGCAUGCAUGCGUGUUACACACAGAGAGACACACACACUAACAAGAAAAUCUUUAAAACAUUUUAAAAUUCCUAUUUGCGAUGAUUCAAGCUCUUCUGUUGAUCCUCAAGUGCGCCAUAGAACACAUUCUUCAAACCUCGGAAGGAGUGAGCUUCUGAGGGGUUUCUAGCCCUAAAAUUGUCCUUUUGGAUUUAGACUUGUUGGGUUUAAUUCAAAUUGUCUAAUUUUAAAGUGUUUCUGAAAUGAAUAACAUAGCUUUAGGGGUUGGAGAUAUUUCCAGCAAUAGCCAAUGCUUCUAUUCCCCAGAAUCCUUCACUUUUGAAAGAAUGGAAAGAAAGUAAGUCCAGUGGUUCGAUAUUGCCCACUGUCCUUUACUGAAAGUGUGAGCUCCGAGACACUACCUGGCCUGCUGUGAAGCGUCAGUGUCUCCAACUGCCUUAUCCGGUACUGAGCAGAGUUCCUUGUGCAUUCCGUUGAGCUGGGUGACUCCUCAGAGGUCAGUAGUAGGGUUUGCCAUUGGAUCUAAUCAUAAAGGUUGUAAAUUUGUCUCAUGAGUAACACGUAUACUUUUUCUAUUCUGUACAGCUUUGUCUUUUUAAAAUAGGAACUACAUAAAAACAUUUACCUUGGUAGGAAAUUGUGUGCCUUCAGAGAUAUGUGAACUGCCUCCUGCCUUGAGGAAUUGUUGUAAAUUGUAUGUUAGCGCGGUGCUCACUCGGUAACAGCAGCUGACGCACAUGCUGUGGACACUGGGUUUCAGGAGUUUGACUGUGUACUGACACAAAGGCUGAGAACCACAACGCCUAUUUUAUUCUUAGGAAAACCUGACACGAUGUGCAAUAAGUAAACUUUGCAAGUGAGCAUUAGCUAACUAAAAAGACUUUUGCUUAUGUAACUUCACAUUCUUAUAUACUAAAUAUUUAUAUUUAUUAGAGGACUGUUUUAUAUUGUGCUCUGGGGGUUGUGUUUGUGUGCUGUUUUGAGGUGAUUUACUUGUAUUAAUAUACAACUGGGUAAUAAGGCUGCUUGGAAACCUUUCGGUUCCCUGAUUUUUUAACACUGGGAAGUUGGGUUCAUUAAAAGAGAGUCUGAAUAAGCA